AUGCCUCCCUGGCGCUCCAGCGACAACGCCUUCACCCUGGGUGCUCCAGCAACAAAGCCUCCCUGGCGCUCCAGCGACAACGCCUUCACCCUGGGUGCUCCAGCGACAACGCCUCCCUGGCGCUCCAGCGACAACGCCUUCACCCUGGGUGCUCCAGCGACAACGCCUUCACCCUGGGCUCCCCAGCAACAAUGCCUCCCUGGCGCUCCAGCGACAACGCCUUCACCCUGGGUGCUCCAGCGACAGUGCCUUCACCCUGGGCGCCCCAGCAACAAUGCCUCCCUGGCGCUCCAGCGACAACGCCUUCACCCUGGGCGCCCCAGCGACAAUGCCUCCCUGGCGCUCCAGUGA